AUGCUGCCCGUGGAACAAUGUUUUCCUAUAAAAUUUGGUUUAAGGCUUUCGCCUGCAGCUCUCAUUGUGAUAUAUGAAGCUGGCAGUGGAACAGGUAAAAUCAGGAAAAGGAUAAUGCCAGUAAGAAACUUAAAACCCAAUUCAAAAAUUAGUUACGUUGCGAAGGAGUUGAGACUACGUCAUGACAUUUUGGAAAAAAUUUGUCAUACCAAGCUUGAAAAGAUGCUGAGGUUGUUGCAAGAAUACAUAAAAUGCAACGACCUGCACGAAUCAUUGGUAACAGUGGGAAAAGAAUACGACAUUAAUCCAGACGAAGAUUUCAAUACGUUGGAAAGGGAUGAACUUAUCCGAAAGAAAGAAAUAAUGGAUGAGAUAUUUAAUAAACACCGUAUUUCACCAAGUGAUCCUGCAUUCAUUUAUGAUAAGAGAGUAGAUUUUGAAAAAGGAACUAUGAAAGUGAAGUCUGAGUGGGACAGUGACGGUGGUACUGAUGAUGCUGAUGCUGAUGGCUUCUGGAAUUAA